ACACACAUACAUAUAUAAGUAAGAGCUGCUCAUCCAACAGAUAUAGGAGACAGAAGAUCGUACAACAAUAUGGUGAUGGAGAGGAAAUGUUUUGGAGUUGUUUUCUUGCUCUUCAUUCUCUUAGCAUCUCAAGAGAUGAUAGUGGCAAGUGAGGGAAGGUUGUGCGAAUCGCAGAGUCACAACUUCAAAGGAGCAUGCGUCGUAGACCACAAUUGUGCUAUAGUUUGUAAAAACGAAGGUUUCUCUGGUGGCAAAUGUCGGGGUUUUCGUCAUCGCUGCUUCUGCACUCGCACUUGCUAGACCUCUUUUGUAUUGUAUAAUAAAUACAUGAUAUUAUAAGCUACCUAAGCCUGAGCCUCUUCUGUACUAACUAGCCAGUACUACUGGAGCUAUGUAAUUCUCCUUUUCAAUAAUAAAA